GCAAAAUAUCAUUUUGAGUGAGGAGUUACCCAUGUAUAAGAAAAAGGAGUCUAUCUUUGGGAAACCCAUUGCAGUAAAAGCAUGUUCAUUGAAUGAUGACAAGUUUGAUCCAGGUAAUUAAAUAAAUAUUCAUAAUAUUUUUAUUGCUUGAGGUUAUUAAUAUUAUUCAUGUUAUUGACUUAUUUUUUUAUAAUUACGCAGCAAAUUGGUGGUCGACUUUUGGUGCAUUGACUCCUAACUUGCAGAAAAUUGCUAUGAAGAUCCUCUCUUUAACUACUAGUUCAUCGGGGUGUGAAAGAAAUUGGAGUACAUUUGAAGGGGUGCAUACAAAGAAAAGGAAUAGACUAGAUACAAAUCGAUUAAAUAAUCUAGUCUUUGUUCAAUUCAAUGCAAAACUAAUGAACAAGAAAAAUAGGGAGAAAGAGAGGAAUAUUGAGGUUCUUCUAGCAAGUGAUGCAAGUUCUAGACAAGAUUGGAUUGUUGAUGGGGCUGAUGAUGAAGUUGAACACGACACGGGCAUGACUUGGAAAGUUGUUAGUGAUGCUAUGGGAGCAGAUGAAGCACUUAGGCCUAGAAGAAGUAGUAGACUUAGAGAACUUGAUGAGGAUGACUUUCAAUCCGAGAGUGAGGAGGAAGUGAGUGUGUAUGAGUUUGAUUUUGAAUCAGACGAAGAGCAUGUCAUAGAAGAAUAUGGAGAAGGAGAGGAAUUUUCCUAAGGAUUUGUAGUACAAACUGAUGUUAUGAUUGUUAUCUUUGUAG